GGCUUACAGUUAAGAGGUUUAGUCCACUUUCAUCAUGGCAGGAAGCAUGGCAGUGCACAGGCAGACAUGGUUCUGGGAAAGGAGCCAAGAAUUCUACAUCCAAAUGGCUAGACAGCAGGAAGAGAGAGUGACCCUGGGCCUGGCUUGAGCAUUUGAAACCUCAAAGUCUGCCCUCCCACACACCCCCAAACACACUUCCUCCAGCAAAGGCCACACCUUCUUAUGGUGCCACUUUUUACGAACCUAUGGGAGCCAUUUUCAAUCAAACCACCACAGCCAUAAAUCAACUAAUACCACCAAACUCGGGUGGCUUUUUUUAAGUCAGUUCUCUUGUGAAGGUCAGGGUUAGGGUUAGAGUUAGAAGAUACGAAGUCAGUAUGUCAGCAUCAACAUUUUAAUCCUGAUUUUGCCACAAAAGAUUGUGCUUAGAAGAGGAACACAUGUAUAGAAUGUAUACUAAAAGAACUACUACUUCAGGAAUAAUAUUUAAUAAUAUUUAAGACAUGUAAUGAAGUCCUAAAGAAGGUAGGUAUUUAUACAACCUCUACAGUCAAUCCUAUGAUAAUAGAUAUCAAGCUUCAAUUACAUAUUUCCCAAUUCAAAUAAAAGUUCAAGAAGAAUUUUUUAUUAAAUAUCAUAAAAUCAAAUGUUUAAAGUUUACUAUCAUAUUAUUUCUAUUGUAAUUUCACACCAUGAGUACAUUGAUUAAAAUUCAUUUUAUUUAUUAUUGGGUAUUAAUAAGCAUGUGGAUGUCAGAAGAUAACUGUAUGAAGUUGGUUUUCUUCUCCCACCUUUAUAUGGGGUCUGUGAAUCUAACUUAGGUCACCAGACUUGCAAGGCAAGAGCUUUUACCUGAUAAGCUAUCUUGCCAGACUGAAGAGGGCAAAUUAAGUCUGAAAAUUUCAUUAGCUUCCUACAACAUUAAUUUUUUUAUUCCAGUUCUAAGAACGGGUUGAAUUGGCUAUGGAUAAUUCAUACAAUUUCGAUGAACAAGGCUCAUGGAAUGGAAUCUCAUCUGAAAUGAAAAAGAAUUUCCUUGCAUCAGAAGAUCAUGGACAGAAAAUUUUAAGCGUUCUACAGAGUUUUAGAGAACAGAAUGUCUUUUAUGAUUUCAAAAUAAUAAUGAAAGAAGAAAUAAUCCCAUGUCAUCGUUGUGUGUUGGCAGCAUGCAGUGACUUCUUCAGGGCCAUGUUUGAAGUAAACAUGAAAGAAAGAGAUGAUGGAAGUGUUACCAUUACUAACUUGUCCUCCAAAGCAGUAAAGGCAUUUCUUGACUACGCCUAUACUGGGAAAGCAAGAAUAACAGAUGAAAAUGUGGAAAUGUUCUUCCAGCUGUCAUCCUUUCUGCAGGUCCCCUUCCUGUCCAAAGUUUGCAGUGACUUUUUAAUAAAAAGCAUCAGUCUCGUCAAUUGUUUGCAUUUGUUAUCUCUGUCAGACAGCUACGGCUCUACCCAUUUGUUUACUCACACUUUAUGCUUCGUACAACGUCACUUUCAUUUGCUAUUUAAAUCCAGAGAGUUUUUAGAGAUGAAUUUUGGAGUGCUACAAAAGUGUCUGGAGUCAGAUGAGUUAAAUGUGCCUGAAGAAGAAAUAGUCCUGAAGGUUGUCAUCACAUGGAUUAAAUACAACUUAGAGUCCAGGAGAAAGCACCUGCCUCACUUGAUUACAAAAGUAAGGUUACAUCAGCUACCCGAGGACACACUUCAAGACUAUCUGCUCAAUGAAGAGUGUUUACUCAAAAGCACAAACUGCUUUGACAUAAUUGUGGAUGCCAUUAAGUGUGUGCAAGGUUCUAGUGGCCUCUUCCCUGAUGCUCGACCAUCCACAACUGAAAAAUAUAUAUUCAUCCAUAAAACUGAGGAAAAUGGAGAAAAUCAAUAUACAUUUUGCUAUAAUAUUAAAACUGACUCAUGGAAAAUACUGCCACAAUCACAUCUUAUUGAUUUGCCAGGAUCUAGUCUGUCUAGCUAUGGAGAGAAAAUAUUCUUAACAGGUGGUUGUAAAGGGAAGUGCUGUAGGAAGGUUCGACUUCAUAUUGCUGAGUCUUACCAUGAUGCCACUGACCAGACCUGGUGCUACUGUCCAGUCAAAAAUGAGUUUUUCUUGGUUUCAACCAUGAAAACUCCAAGAACCAUGCAUACAUCAGUCAUGGCUCUCAAUCGAUUAUUUGUUAUAGGUGGAAAGACUAGAGGAUCCCAGGAUAUUAAAAGUCUCUUAGAUGUUGAAUCUUAUGAUCCACUAUCCAAAGAGUGGACAUCGGUUAGCCCUUUACCCAGAGGCAUCUAUUACCCAGAAGCCAGUGCAUGCCAGAAUGUCAUUUAUGUUCUUGGAUCUGAGGUAGAGAUUGCAGAUUCAUUUAACCCAUCCCUUGAUUGUUUUUUUAAAUACAAUGCUACAACUGACCAGUGGUCUGAACUAGUAGCAGAGUUUGGGCAGUUCUUUCAUGCUACUCUAAUUAAAGCUGUCCCAGUAAACUGCACCCUGUAUAUAUGUGAUCUUUCCACCUAUAAGGUAUAUAGUUUUUGUCCUGAUACUUGUGUUUGGAAAGGAGAAGGCUCUUUUGAAUGUGCAGGCUUUAAUGCGGGUGCAAUUGGGAUUGAGGAUAAGAUUUACAUAUUAGGUGGAGAUUAUGCACCAGAUGAGAUCACAGAUGAGGUGCAGGUUUACCACAGCAGCAGGUCAGAGUGGGAAGAGGUGUCACCCAUGCCAAGAGCCUUAACUGAAUUUUACUGCCAAGUUAUUCAGUUCAACAAAUAUAGGGACCCAUGGUUUUCUAAUCAUUUCUAAAAAUAAUAUUUGCAUGAAUGGUCUAAAAUGAUGCCUAGUAGAAUUAGUAAAAAAGUAUCUUACUUAGCACAAUAAAAUAUUCCUUCUAUUGAAGAAUGACUAGAGAUGUAUGCUGUCUAUAAGUAGACAGUUACCAGAAAGUUAAAAUAUAAAAUACAUUUUACCAAAGUUACAUUAAAUGUAAUUUAAUAUUAAAUAGUUCAGAAUACUUAGUAUUUUCUUAUGUAAGUAAAAAUUAUAGGUUUUGACCCUUUGACUUUAAGGUAAAGGAUGACAAAAAAAAUCAGUGUUCAUAAAUGUGUAACAUGUAGAAGGGAGAAAUCUCUUGAGGAAGGGAAAAUGGCCUAUAUACUGUCACAUUGUGUGACAUGAAGAUAAAUUAGAAAUAGGUGAGACGCUCACAUUGAACAUUGUAGGUCUAAGAAUUGUUGAAUCCCUAUCCUUUUCUGCCUGCUACUUAAAUGAUUUCAUUUUACCUUUGUUGUGGUCAGUAAUUUUCUAAAAAUACAUUUCUUCACUCUUCUGGUCAAUAUACUAAGAAGAGUUUGGAUUCAUUAUGGUAUAUGAUAUUAUGUACAUGUAAUAUGUAUUUGUUAUUAAGAGCAUAUUUGAGCACUAUAUAGUGCUAAGCCAUUGCAAUUACUAUUUUUUUACUUGCUGGUUUAUUUGUUUUUAGUAUCAUUGUGAGACUGAGCUUUUAAUAACAUGAUAGCUUUCAUUUUUUGUUUCAAAUUUGGUAAAUUUACAUUUUUUAUUUAGUUAUCAUCCUAAUUGCACCAAGCUUUGACUGUGUCUUAACAAAUAAGCCACUGAGUGAUGUUCUUGCAAUCUGAAAUGGUACUUUUAAAAUGUUCUUUCUAUAUCACUAGUGCCUGUUCCCCCAACAUAGAGGAUAUAGAAAUUUUUAUCUCUAGAGAAGUUGGUCAUUAUAAAGUAGUGGGUUUCUUUUUGGCCUUUGUAUACAUGUUUGUCUUUAUACUUUAGUUCCUAUUCAUCUCUUCCAUUGCCUCCACCCAUCCCCCAGGUCUUACUCUAGCUGGUUUCUUCCUGCCAGAUAGUCCCCCUUUUGCUUCCAGGCCACAUGCAUUUCAUUACCCUCUCUUCUGCUCCCUUAAGAUCUUUUCCUUCCUUCAAAGUUGUCUUUCUACUUUCAUGUCUCACAAACACAUACUGUAUACAUGCACGGAUUCAGAAACAAAUCUAGAUUCUGCAUGAGAGAAACAUGAUUUUUGUCUUUCUGGAUUUGGCUUUUUCACUUAGCAUAUUGACCUCUAGUUCCAUCCAUUUUCCUUCAGGUGCCCUAAUUCCAUUUUUGAAAGCUGAAUGUAAUUCUAUUGUGCAUAUAUACCACGUUUUCUAUAUUCAUCCAUUGAUGGUCAUCUAGGCUGAUUUUGAUAUCCUGAUAUUCUGAUAUCCUGACUGUUGUGAACAGAGUGCAGCAAUAAACAUAAAUGUUCAUUAAGAAUCCUUUGUGUGUAUAACCUGGAGCUGCAGUAAGAUUCCAGGGUUUAAUUAGUACUUGACCAGUUUCCUGCCAUGGGUUCUAAUUGUCAAGCACCAUGUUGUUUUAUGACUUCAGUAAAUUAUUCAAGGUGAAUCAAAGUGACAGGACUUCUGAUAUCAAUAGUUUCAAAAUCUGUCUUUGUCAGCUUCAACCAGAGCAUGACCAUUCUUGUUCAUGAGCAAGGUCAUUCUGCUUUGCAAGAGGUAUGCUUGUUUGAUUGCUCUAAAAGAUACUGCCAUUUUAGGUUUUAAUACCUCUGAUUUACAUCUUAGCAACUAUAUAGAUUGCACAACUUAGAAUUAGUGUGGUUUCCUACACUACAUUAUAAAUAUUAAUUUGUAGUAAGUGUAGUUAAUGUUUACCUAAAUGAAAGUUCUUUGAUUUUUAUCACAUAAAUGCAAACACAAAUUUCAGAUGCAUUUUCAAAGUACAUUUGCAUGCAACUUCAAAAUUGGGCUAUCAGAUGUCAGUCACAGGGUAUUCAGUACAAUCAAUAGCUCUUUUUAAGCAUAUUGACUGGUGGCUGUGCCUUUUCUUUCAUGUGUACUUAAGAAAAAGAAAACUCAGAGGAUGCUUCUCUGGCAUUCUUAGAGAAAGCUGGUAACAAAGAGUGGCCUAUGUGGGACUAGUAAGUAUUUCUUAGUAAAGUAUGCUUAAAUAAUAUCAUCAGUGAAUCUAGGAAUUAUUCAUUUCUUCCCCCUCCAAAAAAGAGAAACUAAAUUAAAACAGUCCCCUCCCAACAGUGUUACAUUAUCCAACCCUUUUUAUUUCUGCUAUUCUCUAUGGUAAUGUUCUUGACAUCAAGACCCAACUGGUUUACUUGGAUUUGUUGUCUUUUCUUAUGGUUUGGAGCCUUUGGUUAUAUUGCUGUGUUUGCUUUUAAACACGUUCAUUUCUUGCCACCUCUAUACAUCUACACCCUGUGCUUCUUUCCAGUUGUCAUUAUGGAGAAAAUACUAUGUCCAGUCAUAAAGCUCAGCCUCUUCAUUUCUUUAUCACCACCACAACAAGCUUGGCUCCACUAAUGUCUAAUUUUGUAUUUCCUUGACAUGCUUUCAUCUUAACUGCCCCAGUGGGGAAAAAUGGCUCUGUGUUCAGAAUCUCCAGGACUCUAUCUACAUUGGAUCCUGUGUUCCAUGACUACACUGGUACCUUCAGUGGUCUUGCCAGUCACUGUGGCCUCAUUGCCUAAGAACAGAACUUAUCACUCUGACUCUCUUCAUUCUGGUUUUCUAAUAUGCAAAUCUCUGUGGUCUCUGUGGUCUAUUUUGAGAAUAUAGUAUCCUUUUAUGACAUCUUCUUGUAGGUCUUUUUUUUUUCUUUCUCUUUAAAGUAGUUUUCCUUUCAUGUUGGCCUUCAGCCAGGACUACAUGUAAUGGCCAAAUAAUUGGGCUCACUGUCCAGACUGCUGUCAUUCCUGUGGAAAAAAAAUUGUUAACAUUUCUCCAUCCUGUUUGUGUGUGUGUGUGUGUGUGUGUGUGUGUGUGUGUGUGUGUGUGUGUGUGUUUGAGACAAUAUUUCUCUGUGUAGCUAUGGAACCUGUCCUGAAAUUUGUUCUAUAGACCAAGCUGUCCUCGAACUCACAGAGAUCCACCUGUCUUUGCCUCCCAAGUUCUAGGACUAAAGGCUUGUGCCACCAUGGCCUGGCUCAUCCAUUAUUUUUUGUCUUGCUUUACUUCAUUGUGAGUAUACAUCUAGAAAUACUUGAAUAUUAUCUCCUAAAUAUUGAAUGUAUGUAUAUAGCAUUAUUAAAUAUAGGAAAAGAUUAACAUAUGAAAUAAAAUUAGAGUUGAUGAACAUUCUUGUUGUGAUCUUCAAACUUGAGUUAAAAUGCAGCAUACCUUUGUUCAUGUACAGUCUUGAGCAAGAGUAUUCACAUAAUUAAAAUUAAACUCAACUCUGUAUUGGUAAGGAAAGAAAUAUUUAUCAUAGAAACAUUCAUUGUAUUCAUUACCCAUGACAGCUGGGUUAUUUGAAGGCAACCACACAUUGCAACAAAUUCUACUUUUUCAUAUACUAAGAAGAACAAAUAAAUAUGUGUUCAUUGUGUUUGGCUCAAUUAUACAUUUGACAACCAAAGUCUGAGACAGAGCUAAUCUGUUUAAUAUUUUGAUAUUUGGAAGCAAUAAAAUACAUACUGGAAUAGAAUGCUA